CGAGACUGAUGCAGACCAAGAUGGUGAUGGCUGGUUCCAUAUGUCCGGCACUUCUUCACAAGAUGCGAGAACGUCAGGUCCCUCACAGAAUGGUGUCAGUCAGCCCGUGGAGUCGUGUCUGUCCACAAUGAACUGCGAGCUUACUCAAGCAAUCCAGGAAAUCGUCGAAUGUGUUAUGUCUGAUGUCGAGACCGCUCGAUGUAAACGGGUUUUGGCUCAGAGAAUGGACAUUGAUUUCGUUCAAUUAAUACGAAAGCGGCCACUGCCACUUGGGGAAAGCGUCUUAAUACGGAAGAAGAACAUCAUCCAGCAGGAGCAAAAGAAACUAAGAUGGAAGCGCUCAGUGCGGAAUGAUACACUGCCCGACGAGUGGUUGGCAUUGUAUGGACUCAAGGCAACGCCUGAGAACAAGCUGCCCCCAGACUCUUUAUUUCCCAAACGCGUCACAGCUAACAUGCUUAACUUUGUCGUUCCUCCUGUGACUUUCCCUACUGCGACUCCAGCUCCCCCGUCCCAGCCCUUAGCCAAUCCAAUUGAGUCCAAGAACGCUAGCGCGGGACCCAUAAAUGAGGAUAAAAAGAACGCUCCAAAGCGUUUCAGAUCAUUGCGACCAAAACAAGCAGGCGUAAUAUAUUUCUCAAGGAAGACCAAAGCAACGGCCCGACAACGACCACCAAAACCGAGAGUCCGGCCUAUAUUGGACUUGCGUCGGAUUAAGAUCUCCCCAUCACUUCAGAUUGCAGGUUUCCAGGCAGAUCAUGAUGCCGCCGUCGCCGAGGACCCAUCAAUCCUCGCUAUGCGCUACGAUAUAUCCCAUUUCUAUAUGAAUGUGAACGACGAGCUUGUUCCGAUUCAGGGUCCGUACAUUUAUGUCGAGGGCAAGAUCGCCCAAGAGAUUGAGGAACCAGCCAAGCAGGGUUAUGAUCCGGGGUGGCAGAAUCCGUCACCCAUAUCGGGCUCGAGUACUGGGGGUAAGUGGUGGCUGCUGUUGCUUUGUGUCGCAAUCCUGUGGUGUAUGUGGCCCAGUGGUGAAACCAACAAGAAACGGUGGAAGGAAGCCAAUGAAGUGCCGGAAGACUUGCAUACCAGGCUAAAGGAAAACCGGAACUCGGAAUUUGAAUUCAUACAAAAGUUGGCUUACGAGAUGGCAAUGAGAUCCGAUUUCGACCUAGUGAUGAUGGGAUGAAUCGAACGACUGGCU